AUGGACCAGAAGAGCGGGAGCGGCGCUGCCGGCAACGGGACUUCAAGCUACGCCGACUCCCUCACAUGCGCAGGACCAGAAGAGCGGGAGCGGCGCUGCCGGCAACGGGACUUCAAGCUACGCCGGCUCCCUCACAUGGACCAGAAGAGCGGGAGCGGCGCUGCCGGCAACGGGACUUCAAGCUACGCCGACUCCCUCACAUGGACGAGCGGGAGCAAAUGGCGCUGGCGGCGGCGACAAGGGAGGUCAACGCGGACUCCCUCACGCGCGGGCGACGACGUAUCGGGCGCGGAGCGGGGAGAAGCGGAGCGAGGAGAGUUUGACUUCCCCCUCCCGUCCCGCCCUUUACUGCAGCUUUGGCGGGAGGAGGAGCAACCAGCGCAAGCACCAGGCAUGUCCCACGCGAAUGGCCCCCACCUCAUCGUGCUCCCGAAUCCAGCGCGCGUCCCUCGUCCCUCCCCCCAUGAUCGCCUGCUCCCUCCGCUAGCAAUCGCGCGCCUGCACCUGGUUCCCCCACUCCUAUUCCCCAACGGCCCCCUACUCCCCCUCUCCCCCUACUCCCCCUUCUCCCUCUCUCCCCCUCUUCCCCUCUUCCUCUCCCCCCCCCCCCCUCCCCCCUUUCCUCCGCAUCCGCCCCCCAGCCACGGCGCCGUCCGCGCAGUACCUCGCAAUGGGGAAGCUCUGGGAGCAGCUGAGCAAGGCGCGCCUCGCGCACUGGGGGCGCACGCUCGUGCUGCAGCCACAUCGGCGGCAACAACCUGCCACGUGGCAUGCUCUGCUCCCCGCGUGCGCGUUCUUUGCCACAUCGGUGCUGAUGGGGCGGAGGAGGCAGGAGGAGGUGCCUCUGUGCUGAUGGGGCGGUUCGUGCCGUGGGUGCGCGAGGAGUACCUCUGGCGGACGCUGCUGCCCGCUUGGGAGGGGCGCGGGGGAGCGAGCUCGGGGGAAGGGGAGGGGGACGCUCGCUCUCUCCGGGGCCUCUUCCAGGGUCACGAGUAUCGGGAGGAGUAUCAAGAGCUCAUGCAGGCAGCAUCUUCAGGGAAAAUCCCCUCCCUGCUCACAUCGUCCCAUGCUCCUCUUCCCUCCACGCUUCAUCACAUUUCAUCUGCCCCUCGCUACAUCCCGUGCCAGUCUCCCUUUGCCUUUCCUCAUCACCUUUUCCCCUCAUAUAGCUCUGCGGCGUACCGACACCCCACAGCACCCCUCUCCACCACUCCGUCUCUCCAGUCUCUCUGCAUAUUCUUCUCGCACCUCUCGCUGGUCCGUUCCCUUCCCAAGCUCGUUCAUGCUGUGCCAGGAGCCUUUUCUCAGGGACUUGGUGUGUGGGGGGGUGGUGCUUAA